AUGAGGUUUCGUGGUAAACUUGUAGAUACAGCCUGUAUCCAACAUUUUUCUAGAGUGUUGGGUACAAUUGCCAAAUUGUGUAAGACAUGUGUACUAAGAAUAACGGCUGAUAAACUUUAUUUUAUUCUCUUAGAAAAAGUUGUUUCUGGUGGAACACAUACAUGGUGUGAAGUCACUCAGAGUCAUUUCUUUGAUGAAUUCAUGUUGGAUGGUCUUUCUAAAGAAGAUAAUGAGAUUUUCCUGGAGCUGGUUCCAGAGAAUUUACUGAGAGCCAUGAAAACUGCCCAAGUUGCUAAAUGGAUUAAAAUAAAAUUAACUAAAAAGCACACACCUUGCUUAACAGUAGAGGUGGAUUUGCCAACUGCCAUUGGACUCAGUCGUAAUGUUGUUCAUUAUAUUUCUGUGACUGUGCUUCCCAAAAGACUAUGGAGUGACUAUGAGGAACCAGAAAUGCCAGAAUUUGAUGUAAGCAUUGCUUUGCCUGCCUUGAAGUUGCUCCGGAAUGUUGUCGAUAAAAUGAAAAGCAUGAGUAGUUAUGUGAUUAUUUCAGCCAACCAUAACGGUGAAAUGAAGUUACUGACUGAAACAGAAGUAGCAUUAGUCUGCACCUACUUUAAGGACUUAGCUAACCCAACCUGGAAAUCAGGAUUAGAUGCUCAUUUCUUUCGUUCUCCACACAGAAGUAAUGUUGACAAACGAGAAUUUUUUGAUGUCAAGGUUGAUUGUAAAAAAUUGGCUCAAUUCUUAAAUGUCCAACAACUGUGUCCAUCCCGUGUGAUUUGCAAUCUCAAUGCCAACCACCUGAUACAUGUGACGCUGCUACAUGAUGAUUUCUCAUUACAGUAUUUCAUGCCUGCUGUGGUAUCUUAA